AUGUCAAAUUAUCGUGGAAGUCGUGAGGUGAUCUCCAUACACGUUGGUCAGGCUGGUGUCCAAAUCGGCAACGCCUGUUGGGAGCUCUACUGCCUGGAACACGCCAUAGCUCCUGAUGGAACUAUGAUCGACUACAACGAUGGAGAACAGGACGCUUUCAACACGUUUUUCGCUGAAACAAUACAAGGCAAGCAUGUGCCACGAUGUCUUUUUGUCGACCUUGAAAUUGGUCUCUCCUAA